AUGACACCAGGAAACUCCACCCCCGAAUCAUGGAAGCUACACGUUGACGGCUCCUCGAACAUCACUUCCAGAGGCGCCAGAGUCAUUCUCGAAAGCCAAAAUGGAGUCGUAAUCGAACAGUCAGUACGAUACGAAUUCCCGGUCUCAAAGAACCAGGCAGAAUACGAGGCCCUCUUAGCAGGCCUAACCCUAGCCCGGGAGGUCAGAGCAAAAGUCCUAGAGGGGUCUUGGACCCACCCUAUCCUACAGUACCUCCUCGAGGGAACACUGCCGCCAGACCCCAAAGAGGGAAAGCGAAUAAAAGGGAAGCCGCCAACUAUACUAUUGUCGCAGGACAACUAUACAAACGCAGAUUCUCGCAACCCCUGCUCAAAUGUAUUGAACCCGGGGACACGGAGUACAUACUCCGCGAAAUCCACGAAGGCUGCUGUGGCCACCACGUCGGAGGCAAAACUUAAAAACUGCGACAAAUGGCAAAGGCACGCCAAUAUCCACCAAGCCGCCCCUCACCAGCUCAGCAUCAUAUCGGCGGAACGGCCGUUCGGCACCUGGGGUAUCGACCUCGUCGGGCCCUUCCCUACGGCACCCGGUCAACUCAGAUACCUCAUCGUCACCAUAGACUACUACACCAAAUGGAUCGAAGCCGAACCCCUAGCCUCCAUAACGGCAGCCCAAUGCCGAAAAUUCCUCUGGCGACAGAUCAUCACCCGAUUCGGAAUCCCCGAGAUCGUUAUCUCGGACAACGGAACCCAAUUUGCUGACAAAAAGUUUACAGAAUUUUUAGAAGGAUUACACGUAUCUCACCGUUUCAGCUCGGUAGAACACCCCCAAACAAACGGACAGGUGGAAUCCGCAAACAAAAUAAUCGUCAAAGGACACAAGAAGCGGCUAGAUGAAGCCAAAGGACUAUGGGCCGACGAACUCGGAUCGGUCCUAUGGUCAUACCGAACCACACCACAAACGACCAAAGGAGAAACACCCUUCCGAUUAACAUACGGUGUGGAAGCGGUCAUCCCGGUAGAAAUCAGGGACCCAAGCCCCAGAAAAAUGGUCGGCGGUAACAACGAAGAAGCAGAACGAGACCUCAUUGACGAGGAAAGAACCAUAGCUCAUAUCAAAGAGCUAGCCCUAAAACAGAAAAUCAGCUUAAGAUACAACCAUGGCGUCAUCCGACGAGAAUUCGCAACCGACGAUCUCGUCCUACGACGAAACGACAUCGGUCCCCCGAACCCAGGAGAAGGGAAACUCACCCCCAACUGGGAAAGACCAUACAGAAUCAAGGCGGUAAUCGGAAAAGGAGCAUACAAACUCGAACGGCUUAACGGCGACGAAGUCCCAAGGACCUGGAACGCCGCAAAUUUACGGCGAUACUACACCUAG